AUGGCCGCGAUCGCACGACUAAGGGAAGCUGCGGCGCCGCUUAUGGCCCUCGCGCUCCGGUCUAACCGGGGGUUCGGAUCGGCGGCCGCGGCUCUGUGCUACCACGAUGAUGACGUCGAGGAGGAAGAGAAGUGCGCGCCACGUGGCGUGCUGGACGCGCAGGGUUGCACGCCCGAGCGCGGAGUGCAGUGGGUGAUGAUAGGGGAGCCUGGAGCAAGGAGGAACCUCUUCGCGCAGAGGCUCUCGAAGCUUCUAGAAGUCCCUCACAUUUCCAUGGCCACGCUCCUAAGCCAGGACCUCAACCCUCGCUCCUCCCUCUACCUCCAAAUAGCUCAUGCUUUGGAUCAUGGAAAACAUGUCCCAGAGGAAAUUAUUUUUGGGCUGCUAAAGAAGAGACUGGAGGAUGGAUACUCGAGAGGCGAAACUGGCUUUAUUCUUGAUGGGUUCCCUCGAACAAGGAUCCAAGCUGUAAGUUGUUUCAUUUCGUCAAUCAAAAUCGUGAACUGCUCAAAAUUUUCAGUUCUAGUCACUCCUACAAAAUGUCGUGAUGUUUCACAGGAGAUCCUUGAUCACAUUGCUCGUGUUGAUCUGGUGGUGAAUUUCAAAAGUUCAGAAGAGGAAUUGAUGAAAAAGAAUAUAGGAAAUCGAAAAUUUAAUUCUCACCAAGAAUAUAUUCUUAUGGCCAGCUCCAGACACCCAACUAAACAAAUGCCGGAUGAUCAUGUCCAAAGUCAUACAGACGAGUGCAAGCUGUUGGAAGAUUACUACAGGAAGCAAAAGAAACUUCUGAACUUUGAAGUAGAAGGUGGACAUGGUGAAACCUGGCAGGGACUUCUAGCUGCGCUACAUCUUCAGCAUAUUAAUGCUUUUAUUCUUCACAUAAGUUAA